AGUUUUUUUCAAAGCUUUUCAACUUUUGUUUGUGUUUGUUUGUUUUGUUUUAAAAUCUCCUGUCGGCUUCUUUACCUUGUACAAAUUGCUUAAAUUUCUUUAAUUAAUUUCUGCUUUGAUGUUAUUGUCCGGUAGAUGUCGCUCGUCCACUGCGGGUUGCGUCAAACAAAUCAGUUGCAAGUUGCAACAAGAAUAAGUUGGUGGUGGCGGCGCAGUCGCGUUGAAAAGUGGCUUGGAAAAGUUGCACUGCAUUGUUAGAACGUCGGAGGUCGUUUUCUGUGUGUUUCUCGGUGUUGGUGUUGUGUCUUCGGCCGUUUGGUGCUCCGCCCUUACCAUCAUGGCUAGCUAGUGCACCAUCUUGAUGUCGUGCCAUGGAGUAGUGUUGUGACCACCGAAAAUUGCUCAGUUUGCGACAGAUACGAGGAUUUCGGAUAGGCAGAUCGAAACGAGGACCACACCAUGUCCGGAAGGCAUAUUCCAGCUGAUAAGAUAAACCUGCGACUGAUCCUCGUCAGCGGGAAGACAAAAGAGUUCCUCUUCAGUCCAAGCGAUUCAGCUGGGGAUAUUGCGCAACAUGUCUUCGACAACUGGCCAGAAGAUUGGUGUCAGGAAGCCGUAUCAAAGGCUGAAAUCCUCCGACUUAUAUAUCAGGGUCGUUUUCUUCAUAGUAACGUAACGUUAGGAGCACUAGGACUGCCAUUUGGGAAAACAACGGUGAUGCAUCUAGUACCGAGAGAAAAUCUGCCCGAGCCUAAUUCGCAAGAUCAACGACAAAAGAGCAAAGGGGGCAACAGCAGUUGUUGUUCGGCGUCGUGCUGCAUCUUGUAAGGUAUUCUUGUGAUACAAAAGAGUCUCGGACGUAAUCGUCAUAUCCAAUGGUCGAUACAAUACUCGUAAAAAGUGCAAGGAACUACGUGCAUAAUUGCACAAGUAAUGUUGUGAUAUCAGUGUUAAUUUCGAUACUCAUGUGCCAGACUAGACUGUGUGUCGGAGCAUCCCAUCAUUGUUAUAAUUUUUAGCGUAUUUAUAUAGCUAUAUUGUUUUAUAUUUUAAUGAUCAAAUAGAAUUAUUUUUUAAUCAUCUCAUCAUUAGACAUUAGCGAAAGCUGUAAAGUAUCAAAUUUUUUAAAAGACUUGCGCCCAUUAAUUUUGUAUAAAGCAUUUUUCAGGUCGUUUUAAUGGGUUUUUUGUAUGAAUAUAUGUCGGAAUUGUGCAACGUUCAUAUUUAUUCCGUGAAUACACAGUAAAUAAAUUGUUUUAAUUUCA